AUGCAUCUGUUUGCUGCUGUUUGUGUCAUGAUCAGCAUUUUGGAAGAAGUGGAUAGUUUCUGCCCUUCUCAAUGCAGCUGCAUUUAUCACGGCAUGAGUGAUGGAACCAGAACAAGAUCUGUGCUUUGUAAUGAUCCUGAUAUGUUUGAAAUCCCUCUCAAUAUUCCUGUGGACUCUGUAAAACUCCGGGUAGAAAAGACAGUCAUAAGAAAAGUUCCAGCAGAUGCUUUUUAUUACCUGGUGGACCUCAAAUAUCUAUGGCUUACUUACAAUUCUAUCACCAACAUUGAUAGCAGAAGCUUUUAUAAUUUAAAGCAGCUACAUGAAUUGCGUCUGGAUGGCAACUUGUUGUUGCGUUUCCCUUGGGAGUCAUUGACUGAGAUGCCCAAUCUACGAACUCUGGAUUUACACAAUAACAAAAUGACCAGUAUUCCAAUUGAGGCCGGCAAAUACCUGAGAAAUCUCACUUAUUUAGAUGUAUCUAGUAACAAACUAACAUCCUUGCCCUCAGACCUCAUGGAUAUCUGGCUUCCUUUUUCUGAAACAAAAAUACCCAGAAAUACAGAUUCCCUGGUGAUCAGAGUCAUAUUAGGUCUGCAGGACAAUCCAUGGUAUUGUGAUUGUCGUAUUUCCAAGCUGAUUGAAUUUUCCAAAACUGGAGAUAGUGCUCUUAUACUCCUGGACCCUUUUGUGGCUUGCAAUGGACCUGAAAGCUUGGCUGGGAUCUUGUUUCAAAGAGCAGAGUUGGAACAGUGUUUGAAGCCAUCAGUAAUGACUUCAGCUACAAAGAUUACAUCACCUCUAGGAAGCAACGUGCUUUUACGCUGUGAUGCAACUGGAUAUCCCACACCACAACUUACCUGGCUUAGAGCUAACAAUAGACCAGUGAACUAUACAGUUAUUCAAGAAAGUCCAGGAGAGGGUGAAAGAUGGUCCAUUAUUAGUCUGACAGGCAUUUCCUACAAAGAUGCAGGAGACUACAGAUGCAAGGCCAAAAAUUUUGCUGGAAUGUCAGAAGCUUUUGUUACUCUCACUGUUAUUGGUGUUGUUACCACAACGGAACCUUCCCCAAAAUAUGGCAAGAAGACAGGAACAGAGCAAGCAAAUGCUACCCAAGAAGAUGUCAAACCAGAAUUUUUCAACGUGACCCUUUCUUCUUCUACAAUAACAUCCACAACCACUUCUCCGUCUACAACUAUGGCCACCACUGAAACAUUCAUAACUAAAAGAGAAACUGACACAAAACAACCCGAGCCCAUGGCUGAUGACAAAAAGAACAGGAACACAAUUGUUAAUGGAAGGAAAAAGCAAUUGGAUACAUCACUCAGUGUAGAGUCAGCAGAUGAACAAAAUGUUACUCUGAAAAACCUAAGAGUAAUUCCUGAAACCAGUGAAAGAGUGACCUUAAUGUGGAAAAAGAUUGAUGUCUCUAAUAAUUCUGCUUUGGCUGUGCUGUAUUCCAAGUAUGGAGAAAAAGAGAUGGUGUCACUAAAUCCAGAUCCCACAAAAAACAAAGUGACAAUAGAUGGUUUGGAGCCUAGCACAAAAUAUAUGGCCUGCGUCUGCCCCAAAGAGAUGCUUCCCACUAAAGAUCAAUGCAUCAUUUUCUCCACGGAUGGAAUUAAUAUGGAAGACAAAUCUCCUAUUUCCAUUUUGCUAGUAGCUAGUGGGGUAGCCUGUGCAAUAGCAAUACCACUCAUUUUUUUCUUACUGUAUAAAGUUGUAAUGCUUCACAGGAAACCAAAACUGAUCAAGGAAGAUGAACUUGCAAAAGAGACUUAUAUCAAAUUUGAAACUCUUUCUUUUAGACCACAUUCCAUGGGAGCAAAUGUGGAGAUCUGGACUCACCGAAACACUGAUGAGUCUGAAAGACAACUACUUUGUUCCAGGUCAAGUAUGGAUUCGCAGAUGACCUUCAAAAGUGAAGGUUCUAGGUCAGAGUACUUCUACUAACUCUGGGUUCUGUAGAUUAGAUAAUCUACAGAACCCAAAGUCAGCAAAAGUACUCUGACCUAGGACCUUCAAUUUAGAUACAAGCAAAAGAAGCUGAGACCCAAUACUGGAUCAAUGCCAAUCACAA